AUGGGAUCUAAUCAUCUUUCUCUCCUUUGGGUGUUCCUCAUUCUCUUAUCAUUACCAUCAAGAUUAGUACUCACUGAAGGUCAAGGGAUUAAAUCCACAAGACUCCUUGAUCUCGUGAUUCGAGAUUACACAUUCAAGUCAUACAGCAAGUACUUCAAAACAGGCACACCAUACAAUAUCAACUUGCCAUCAAAUCUCACCGGCAUUAUGGUUUAUACUUCAAGAUACCGCUGUGGAAGCCUCAAGAGGUAUGGUGCAAACAUCAAAGAAUUUCACUUGAAAGUUGGUGUGGAUGUUCAUCCUUGUAUAGAAAGGAUCCUUAUAGUAACACAAAACCUAGGAAACAAUUGGUCAAACAUUUACUAUGACAACUAUGAUCAGUUACUAGGUUAUCAACUAGUGUCACCUGUAUUAGGUUUACUAGCUUACAACUCCGGUGACGAUUCAGACUUGAACACCCAAUUUGAGGUUAAAAUUCAGUCCCCAGAUAAGUCCGGAAUUCAAAUUGAUUUCACUAAUUAUACAUCGUAUGGGAACUCGACUUUAGAUGGGAGGAUAAAGAUGUGUGCAACAUUUGGAGGUGAUGGGAAGGUGACACUAGAAAAAGAGGUUGCACCCAACAUUUGUGGUGCCACAACCCAUGGGCAUUUCGGGUUGGUGGUGCAGUCACCAUUGUUGCCGGUGAGGAAGAAAAUGCGGCGGUGGACGGUUGCGUUUGGAUGCUCAGUUGGGGCUGCAAUCGCGGUUUUUCUGGUGGGGUUGCUUUUGAUUGCCAUGUUUAUGAAGGUAAAGAAGAAGGCAAGAUUGGAGGAGAUGGAAAGAAGAGCUUAUGAAGAAGAAGCACUUCAAGUGUCAAUGGUGGGACAUGUGAUUAGGGUUCAUACUGCUUCUUCCACAAGAACUGCUCCAAGAAUUGAGCAAACUCUUAGACCUCCCCGUUAA